AUGACACGAUUCACGCUCACAGCAGUGGCAGCUGCAAGUCUCGCUGCUACCACAGCAGCACAAUGCGGUGACCCAGCAGCAGCGCGGUGUGGUCCUCCCUGGGGAGCAAUAGGAGGAGGAGGAGCAGGCCCAAACGACGACUCCCUAGCUAUCACCGACGCCAACCGCAAUCCCACUAGCACGAGUUCCGUGGAAUUCAACUUCAGACAUCGAGCCCAAACAGGCGGACAAACAAGCGAAACGUGGCGCUGGACAGUAAACAUCACAGACCUCAGCACCGACCUCCUCAAUGGCACCAGUCUCACCACACCCGAGGAUGGUUCAGACUCUCACUUCGUCAAUACUGUCACUCUCACGAACAAUGCUACCGAUCGAGAAGGCGGCGAGCUCUGCUUCACCAUCCUCGACCUACGGACUCUGCCCUACAACGUCUCGAACGCAUACCAGGAAUCCGACGCAGGCGACUGUAGCAACGCGCUAGGCUCCGAGUGCGUCCAAGCAUACCUCAGCAGUCUGAGCGGCAGAAGCGGUCAAUGCGCAACGCCUCGCGGUCCAAACUCGAUCCCAGCAUGUGCCAGCACUCUAGCCACAGUAUCAUGCUUCGGCUCCUUCACAGCAAGCCUCGGCAACAGCACCUCCUCCACCUUCUUAAACUUCACAGACCGCAGCAGGUAUCCCAUUCUCAGCGGCGACGCUUUCUACUUCCACUCCACCGCCAGCCUGCCCGGUGGCAACAACACUUUUUACGAGGAAGCGGGGCAGGAGUUACAGGCGGUCGUGAUCAGUGGUGCUGCGAGGGAGAUGAUGUGUCAGAAAGUUAACAAGACUGAUGCUGCGGUGCCGACGAGGACGGAGGCUUGUGCUGAGGAGACGUCGAGGACUGGGUCAGGUGGCGGAGCUGUGAGUGCGACGCCGACAGGUGCGGCGAAUGUGGUGAAGAGCCUGACGUGGAGUGGUGCGAGUGUGGGUGGGUUGAUGGUGUUGUUUUCGUUGUUGUAG